AUGGGAACCCCAAUAGCUGAGAUUGUUCUUCCUUCUGAAAGUUCUUCCACUCUGAAUGAACAACCUAGUCAUGUGGUGAGGAUUGAUAAACAUCACCCAUACUUCCUUCACAAUUCAGAUUCACCUAGGAUGAACUUAAUCACUUCAACUUUUGAUGGAAAAGGAUUUCCAGGUUGGAGGAGAUCCAUACUCAUUGCCCUAUCUGCCAAGAAGAAACUUGGAUUCAUCAAUGGUACUUGUGCUGCACCAGAUCCACAAAAUCCACAGUAUGCACAGUGGAGUUGCUGCAAUGACAUGGUAAUAUCAUGGUUGUUAAAUUUAUUAACAAAAGAAAUUGCAGACACUGUAAUUUACUCUAAAACAGUAAAAGAGUUGUGGGAUAACUUGGAGCACAGAUUUGGUAGGACAAAUGGUGCUAAACUCUAUCAUUUGCAAAAGGAACUGUCAGGAACUAUUCAAGGAAAUUCUGAUAUAGCAGGAUACUUAACCAAGCUAAAACAUUUGUGGGAUGAACUGAUGCACUCAAUAUCAUGA